GAAAAUCAUCACUGCUGUGCUGCUGUCUGUCUGUGUCACAUAUUCAGGGAGAUACAGACAGAAAAGUCGGCCUCGGUUAGCUGUGUUUACAUCCAAUUCCGGAGCUAAAACAACGCUAGACUGCGGGUACAGCAGCGGGGAUGGAGCCUCAGGGCAGAGACGAAGGGAAGGGGCCGGUGCUGCACAUCGUGGUGGUUGGAUUUCACCACAAAAAAGGCUGCCAGGUCGAAUUCUCUUACCCGCCGCUGAUGCCAGACGAGGGUCAUGACAGCAACCUGCUCCCAGAAGAGUGGAAGUACCUCCCGUUCCUGGCUCUUCCUGACGGAGCACACAACUACCAGGAGGACACUGUGUAUUUUCACCUGCCGCCUCUCAGUGGAGACACAAAGUGUGUCUAUGGAGUGUCCUGUUAUCGUCAAAUAGAAGCAAAGCCUCGCAGGAUUUUUAUGGGUCACUGUAAAUGACUCACUCACGUACGGUGUGUUUGCAUUUCCUCGCAGCCUCUCUACGGUCUGCUCCAAGCCAAACUUCAGCUCAUCACACACGCCUACUUCGAGGAGAAAGACUUCUCACAGAUCUCAAUCCUGAAGGAACUGUACGACCACAUGAACAGCUCUCUGAGGGGUUCAGCUCUGGACGGAUCACAGGUUUAUCUGGGGAUGUCACCGAGAGAUCUAAUCCUGCACUUCAGACACAAGGCUCUCAUCCUCUUUAAGCUCAUUUUGCUGGAAAAGAAGUUUGACUCCAAACCCGGAACGCCGAUCACAGUGCAGCCGCAGGCAGUCACCGGUCAGGGAGGGGUCACCCAGGGCCUGGUGUCAGGUCUGGAGGAGGAUCAGUACGGCCUGCCACUCGCCAUCUUCACUAAGGGUUACCUGUGCCUGCCCUACAUGGCGCUGCAGCAGCAUCACCUCCUGUCAGACGUGACGGUGCGAGGCUUUGUCGCCGGAGCAACCAACAUCCUCUUCCGUCAGCAGAGGCACCUCAGUGACGCCAUCGUCGAAGUGGAAGAAGCUCGUAUCCAGAUCCAAGACCCCGAGCUCAGAAAGAUGGUGAGUCUGACCACUGCAGACCUGCGCUUCGCCGACUACUUGGUGAAACACGUGACGGAGAACCGCGACGAUGUCUUCCUGGACGGGACGGGCUGGGAGGGUGGAGACGAGUGGAUCAGAGCCCAGUUCACCCUCUACCUUCACUCCUUACUGUCUUCUGCAUUACAGCAAGAUAGCGAGCGGCUGCUGGCAGAUUACGGGGCACCUUUCAUCACAGCGUGGAAGAUCACCCACAACUACCGGGUGUGGUACAGCAACAAGCACCCCGGCAUGACCGCCGUCACCCCAGGACAUCCGUUCCAGGGUCAGUACAGCGUAGCCGACGUAAAGCUACGACUCUCGCACUCGGUGCAGAACAGCGAGCGAGGGAAGAAGAUCGGAAACGCCAUGAUGACAACCAGUCGCAGUGUAGUCCAGACUGGGAAGGCAGUCGGUCAGUCAGUGGGAGGAGCAUUGACCAGCGCCAAGACAGCCAUGUCCACCUGGUUCUCCACAUUGGCUCAGCCGGCACCAGCGUCCACCCCAGCCUGUCCUGAACCUGCCACUGCAGUCAAACCGUGACAACUGACACCCCCGGAAAUCCUCAUUGACUCUGUUUCUGUUUCAUCCUCUGAUUGUGAAGCUUGGGGGCCGGCAGAGUGAGCGCUAGUUUCAUGAAGGAUAGUAAAUCUCUAUUCAAAAUUAAAUGAGAGCCGUCUGAAAUAUACAGCCAUAAGUUGGUGUUUCUGGCACUUUUUUCCAGCAUCUUAUUUGCGGGGCGCAUCCCACACAAGGAGGAAGACACUGCCUUUGUGUUACCUGUACAGUCCAUAACCACUGUGAGGCAGCGACUGCCACUGCUUUUGAUCAAAGCCAGAAAAUUCAGCAGGUUGCAUUAUUAUGUCUGACCGCCUCUUUCUCACUGCUGCCGUUUGUAUUGCUGGAUGCUUUCCUGUGAGACACUAGAGAUGCUGUUUUGGGGUUUGCAGUGUUCACUCUGUGCUGCAUAUUUAUACAGUUUGUCUAAAAAGGUGACUAUUUUGCUGAGAAAUGACAUUAAGUAAAAUAUAUAUAGAAAACAUAAGUCACAGCAUUGAAUGGAAAAGCAUGAUCUGUGGUCCCUUGAAAGUUUUAAUGGUACACAUUUUAAAUGCAGUCUGGAUCCCGUUUACCAGUCCCCUGUGGUAACAUUGUGGUUAAUGCAGUAACAGCGUGAAAUAUAACGAAUCACUUACAAGAGCAAAUCAAGUGGUAAUGAAUCCAAAUUAUGGUUUUUAAUUUAACAGGACUGAUUUUAAAUGAAAAAAUCAAAACAAAAACUUCUUUAUAAUAGUCGCUAACAUCAUCAAAUUUAGCAAGCUAAUGCUACUUUUUAGCUAGCUUGAGAAAAAGAAUAUAAUAAGCAACAUUAUUGAUUGCUUGAUUUUUUUUUUUAAACAAAUAA